AUGACCCUCAUGCCAUACAAUCUUUUGUUUUCACAACAGAUAUCAGCAUUUGAUCCUCAAGUAAUGAUUUUGCCCAGGUCUGCCAUUGGGCGCCUGAGCCGCCUGAAUGUGCCUUUUUACGGUCCCAGGCUUGUAACUAGAGUGGCCCUUUCCAGAUACGGGAUUUUCAAUACACCCGUUUCUUUCAGCAGUGCUUGUCCAGUGCUGGAGAAAGACGAAGCCAAAUUGAACAUGGCAGCACAACUUUCCAAUGAGAUUGAAAUCGUCGAGAUUGACACAGAUCUCCACCUCGAGGUGGAAAGAGAGGCCGUAAAGAGCUUUAAGGAAUCUGGGUACGAGCUGGAUAACGAACUGUGUGAGAACAUUCUUGUUUUGAGCAAGCACUUGAAGCCUCAUCUAAAGUCUGCAAUUUUCUUUGACCCGAAUGAGGUUAGCAGAGUGGUGGAAAGUCAUUACAUGGCUUCCGCUAUUCAAAGACAACAGAUGAUGGAGGGAGUAGAAGUUGAAGCUAUUGAAGAAGACCUCGAAGAGUACAUCAAUCUGAAUGUGAUUCUGAGCGACGAAAAAAAACAAACAGCGUUGGGGAUCCACUGUGCCCUCCAAUUGAACUCUCCAGAAGUUUUACACAUUCAGAGAGCCAUACCCUAUUCUGAUAGUGAUCUGGCUCUGUCAAUGAGUUCUGAGUCGCUAUUCCAAAAAAAUUCUGUCUACACCGGCCGCGACUUCUCCGAGCUAAAUCAGGAUCUUGUGGAGGCUAUGGAGAGAUAUCUAAGGGAAACAGUAGGUGUAAACCAGCAUUUGGUGGAGUUCAUAUUGGAGGUUAGUGGGGUGAAGGAGGAUGACGAUUAUCACGAGUGGUUAAAGGACCUGUUGAAGUUUUUUUCGUGA